ACAUUGCCAGAGUCACCUGCAAAAGGCUAAACCUGCACAUAGUCAGACACCUGACAACAACUUUAAUCUCUGUCUCUCAUCAUCCAUAUCCCUCAUCUCUUUCUCUUUACUAUCUCUCUCUAUUUCUACAUAUGACCGUAUCUAUAUGUAUCUUUACCUUUCUCUCUCUACCACUGCCAGAUGUCUUCCUGCAUGCUCGCUGUGACUGUGAGUUGUUAUCUUCAUUUUUCGCGGUUCUCUCUCUCUCGCUUUUAAAGCCCCUCCCUCCUCCCCAACCCAACAACAACCAAACAAAUAAACAUCCCCCCCUCUCUCUCUCUCUCUCACACACACAUUUGUUUUCUCUGUCUUUUCAGUUUAAGACUCUCUCUUACAUGUAAAAAAUGGAGCCCAAACCUUCUGACUCUGGAAAGAAGAAGGAAUGGUUGAUUAAGAUUGAAGAAGAGGAGGGUUCAAUCGCAGAGGAAUCAUCACCGUCCAUCAAACUGGGUCUGGGGAUCGGUGAUUGUUGUUCUGGAGGGGAAAGUCACGUGAAGCCUGCGGCUGCUGCGUUGUUGUUCACAUCUGCACAGUUUCAUGAGUUCCAUCAACAGGAUCUCAUAUUCAAGUACAUAGCUGCUGGGCUGCCUGUGCCGUUUCAUCUCAUUUUCCCCAUUUGGAGGAGUGUUGCUACGUCCUUUGGGGGCUCUGCUAACGCUGGAAUCUAUAACCUAUAUCCAAGUUUCAUAGGAUUCAGUCCUCAGGGGUUCCCCGAUUAUAGGAGCAUGAUGGAUCCUGAACCAGGGAGGUGUAGAAGAACUGAUGGAAAGAAAUGGAGGUGUAGCAGGGAAGUGGUUCCUGAUCAGAAGUACUGUCAACGUCACAUGCACAGAGGUCGGCUGCGUUCAAGAAAGCAUGUGGAAGCUUCCAAAAUUCCUUCUGAAUCUUGCACAGCCACAACACUCAAUUGUAAAAACACUACGACAACAAUCAACACUAGUGACAGCCCUAAUAUGGAGAGCAAUCUAUUGACUUUGGUUCCUGUAAAUCUUCAACUUGCAACUCCUUCUUCUAGUAGAACUAAUAUCACUUCCAUUGGUGAUAUCAAUGGAAGUGACAACAAUGUUAAUGCCGAGAAAGAUUCAACUCCCACCACUGCCUCUAUUGGUGGCAUCAAUGGAAGCAACAACAAUGUUAAUGCCAAGAAAGAUUCAACUGCCACCUUAACAACCUAUGGUAGGAACAUUGCAAGGAACAAAAAUGUUUAUGGUAGCGAAGGCACCACCACCACUGGUCUGAUGAGUGCUACUGCUGACCACAACAAUAGAAGAAGAGACGAUGACUGUGUUGAUGGCAACAAUGCCAGCUACAACCAUCACAAUAACAGGAUCAACAGCAAAAGAAGCAUCAACGAUGGACACAACGUCAACGCUGGAAGUUUACCAGCUUCCGGAUUUGGCUUCUCUCCAAAGAGUGUUCUUCAAGUUGUAGGCUGCAGCAGCUCAUGCCUUGGCUACAAGAAUGUCCUAGAAACUGAAUUGCAAAGAUGCAAAAGAACAGACGGCAAGAAAUGGCGAUGUAGCAGAGAUGUCGUACCUUACCAAAAGUAUUGUGGACUGCACUUGCACAGAGGCGCAAAGAAGCUUGUAUCAGCCACUCAGUCGGUGACAGUUGCUGCAGCCGCUCCUCCCAUUAGAAACAUCCUUGCUCCUCCUCCUCUCGCUAUACCCAAAAAGACAAAUGGUCGUAUAAAAUUGGACACCAAUCUCUCCAUCUCAAUUGCGGCAAGUCCUCGACAAAAGACUGAUGAUGAAAAAAGUUCAUCUACUAGUAGCGAUGCCACGACCAUCACUGAUGAAAAUGGCAGCAUGUCUCACUUGGCUGUAUCUCCGUAAAAAUGUCUGUCAAGCUUUAGACUUUGUGGCUGAAAAUACUUUUGUCGACUUGGAAGCAGAGAAGAUUUUGAGGGUGUUUCAAUGCUAUAAUCGCAUAAUUAGUGGGAAUCAUGGUGUGAGAGGACUUUAGUUUGUUUUAAGUAUUUUUCAGAUGACAGAGAAGUACAAAUUGAUAUACUCCAUGAUAUCCUUGAAAACAUUAUCUGAAGUUAUUGAUGUUCUUGUGUUUGUUCUCUUUUAUGGCUCUUUCUUAUUGUUUCACUUUUGUAGCCUAUUUGUACAGGCUAUUUUUUUUACUCAAAAAAGUUCUCAAGCUUGUAAAAAUAUGGAAAGACAAUUUUCUUGAUUCA